AUGGCUACAGCGACUGUCACCAUGUCCCGGAAAUCCGAUUUCACACCAUUGAUGUGCCAUUGUUUUGCAUAUAUAGUUAUCAUCCUCUAUCACACUCAACGGCAGGUUCGAAUUUAUAGCACGAAGUUCUCCAAACACAAACCGUUUCUUUUCAUACAUAUUGGCACUGGGAUCAUGGAAUCGACUCGAUACCACAUCUCUAAAGCCAGACGUAGGAAUGAUGAUAUCCUCCCGGAGGUAACAGACGUGCUGUCUUGCCUCCUCUGGUCUUGGACCAGCUUGGUGCUCGUGAAGACGCUUCGGCGCGGCGAUCCACUUACAACUCGGCCACCUUAUCAAGCUGGUGCAAUUUUGCGCCCAGUCAUCUCCGUCACAUCCUUCGUUUAUGCCCGACUGGCGAUCUUUUUCUUCACCUACACGCCGUAUCUACGCGGAUACUCCCACAGCACAAUUUACUCGCUCUCUAUUCCACUAGCAGCUGCUCUCAGUAUUCAUGAAAGCCGCGUUCGUGGCGCGUCCCUAGUGUUCAUACUUGCGACGGCCUACACCGCAAAAUUGAAUGAGUGGGUGACGCAUAGAUCAAGGAUCCUGCAGCGGCAAGUUAUGGCAAUCCCCUCUUCUUCAAACUUCCCCUAA